CAAAUUAGAAAGGCGCAAACAUGUCACUGGAGGAGCUGUGCGACCUCAAAUCUGUGCUACCAACUACAAGCAGUAUGAACUUCAUGUAUAAAAGGAAUCAGAUAUUUCCAUACAGACUGAUGCCACCAGUUCCGGGCACCCCAGACUUGAGUCAUUUGGGUAGGAAGGUUAAUCACGGCACCACCACUGUGGGGUUUGUGUACCAGGGCGGCAUUGUACUCUGUGCGGAUUCACGUUUAUGCAAUGGCAUAAAUGUGUGCACCCAGAAAAUGAAGAAAAUUGUGCCGAUCAGCAAGCACAUUGUGGGCACUCUGGCCGGUGGGGCGGCUGACUGCAAGUACUGGUAUCGGGUGCUCACUCGGGAGAGCCGCCUUCACGAGCUGCGCCACAAGCAGCCAAUGUCCGUCGGGGCUGCCGCGAAGAUGAUCGGCGACGUGUCUCAAAUGCACCGCGGCACGGGCCUGGACAUGGGCAUGCUGCUGGCUGGCUAUGGACCAAAGGGUCCGUCCCUUAUCUACGCGGACUCUGAGGGAAUGAACAUCAGUGGAAAGAAAUUUGCCGUGGGCAGCGGAGCGAGUAAUGCGCUGGGCAUCCUCGACCAGAUGUAUCGCUUUGAUCUGACUGACGAGCAGGCCUUCGAUCUGGCCCUUCAGUGCAUUUACCAGGCCACCCUCUGUGACGCCUUCACGGGUGGAAUCGUCUUGCUGUAUCGCAUGGGACCCGGGACCCAUGGGAUGGUCAAGGAAGUGGAUUGCAUGGAGCUUCAUAACAAGUACAGCAAGGAUGCACCGAGCCAAAUGGAUAUUGAUCUUGUCUAA